AUGGCAGCACUCACCUUCUGGAAGCCGGGAACCUUAGGUCCUGGCAGUACACUUGAUCGAGCCACCACAAAGGAGGAAAAUUUAGUGUCCUCCGCACCGAUCUCAUCGGCAUAUUCGAUACAGUCUCAGCGCGAGCGGCUUCCCGUGUUCAAACACAGGGAUGAGCUUUUGUACUGCAUAGAGCGAUAUCAAGUAGUCAUUGUGAUGGGGCAAACCGGAUGUGGCAAAACAACUCAGAUCCCUCAGUAUCUGUAUGAAUCCGGAUGGGCCUCAGAGGGGAACGUCAUUGCUUGCACACAACCUCGACGCGUUGCAGCAACUUCUGUCGCCGCUCGCGUUGCCACAGAGGUCGGCUCCGUACUAGGAGAUGAAGUCGGUUAUACGAUCCGGUUUGAGGAUGUCAGUAGCCCAGAGCGAACGCGUAUCCGCUACAUGACGGAUGGAAUGCUCUUCCGAGAGACCCUACUCGACCCAUUACUCAGUCGGUACAGCGUGAUCAUGAUCGAUGAAGCCCACGAGAGAAGUGUUUACACCGACCUUCUCCUUGCUGUAUUGAAGAAGAUCUGCCGGAAACGCCCUUCCCUACGGCUCAUCGUCGCAUCAGCCACCCUGGAUGCUACGGCGUUUCUUGAGUAUUUCACAUCAAACAAUGCGGCCGACAGUGCGACCAUUGUUAGUUUGGAAGGGCGGGUAUACCCUGUUCGGGUGGCGUAUCUCCACGAGCCAACACCGGACUACGUUCGCAAAGCAGCUGAAGUUGUAUGUGAGAUCCAUGCCCAGCAAGGAAGAGGCGACGUCUUGGUUUUUCUCACAGGCCGAGAGGAGAUUGAUCGGUGUUUAGAAGAGAUCGAAGAACUGAAGUCAACUCUGACUCGUGCACCUUUGCAGUUGAUUCCGCUGGCAUUACACGCCGGGUUAUCAACUCAGGAACAACUGCAGGUUUUCGAGCCCACCCCACCAAAUGCUCGAAAGGUCAUCGUCGCGACGAACAUCGCCGAGGCUAGCGUCACCAUCGACGGCAUCAAGUUCGUAGUAGAUAGUGGGCAUGUCAAGAUACGGAUAUUCAACCCCACCAUGUCAUACUCCUCUCUCGCCGUCGUCCCCACCUCGCAAGCUUCUGCUCUUCAACGAACAGGCCGCGCCGGACGAACUUCAGAAGGCAUCUGCUAUCGCCUAUAUCCAUCCGCCACCUUCGAUUCUUUACCUUAUAGCACACCACCCGAGAUCACCCGUGUUGAUCUUACAACUCCACUUGUGCAACUGAAGUCUCUAGGCAUCGACGACCUGAUGAAACUGGAAUGGGUUACUAUGCCGCCGUCGGAGAGUAUACUGCAUGCUCUCAAUGAGAUGCUUCAGGCGAGGCUCAUUAACGCUGAUGGGCACCUGACUGUCAUGGGGCAGAAGCUGGCAGAAUUCCCUGUGGAUAUCAAAACUGCCUGCAUGCUCUCCAGCUCGAAAGACUUCGAAUGCGGUGAUGAAAUUUUGACAAUCGCCGCCAUGACCAGUAUACAAGACGUCUUCACCGUCCCUGACGGUAUGUCGUCAGCGGUUGCCGAAUUAGAACAUCGCAAAUUCAUCGCUGAAGAGGGGGACCACCUUACUCUUUUAAAUGUAUACAACGCAUUCACUCGAUACGGCAAAUCGUCUUCAUGGUGCAAGAACCACGCACUCUCUUUCCGUGCUCUAUCUCGAGCCGUUUCUAUACGUUCACAAUUGAAGAAGUACAUGACGCGUUUCAAUCUGCCUAUGGAGAGCUGUGAAGGAGAUGCCAAGCGUCUCCGACAAUGCCUCGUUCGAGGGUAUUGGAGGAACGGGGCGAAGAUGCUUCCGGAUGGGACGUAUCGUCCCGUCCAUGGCAAUGCGGUCCUGAAUGUGCAUCCGAACUCCGUGUUCUUCACGAGAAAGCCGAAGUCGGGAUGGGUGGUAUAUCAUGAGAUUGAGGAGGCAAAGAAGACAUUGUAA